AUGCGAAAUAACAGGAUUAUUGUCGGCGUCAAGUACUGCUUCCGCUACAAUGCUCGGAACCGCAAUAUGCGCAUGACCGGGGAGGAUGGUGAACCCAUCAACCUCGAGAAUAUGCCGCAGCACCCGCGCCGCCGUCGUCGGGAAAAGAAAUUGAUGACCAUAGACGAGGUCAACGAGAAGUUUCCGAUGAUGAAGUACAAGAGCUGGGUGGCAAGCCGUGCGCAGGAAGGAUUGCCGACGCAGGGUGGCAUAUCGCACCCACCAAGCCGCGCAGCCAGUCUGGCGGACGCAGACGGUAUCAUCCCCGUGACCAAGGAGCGCGAAUCAACCGAGGACAGACCCGCGACAAGCGGUGCCUCGAUAACGACAUCGCCCACCCGCGAGGAGCCAACACCCGAGCAUGCCGAGAAGCCUGCAACCGCUGCCAAUGGCGAUGGAGAGCGGCAGAGUGCAGACGCCGCGGCGGCCGCGACGGCGGGCACCUCACUGGCACGAACCGACACCCCUGGCACCGACGACGAACAUGAGGAGGAUGAUGACCAAAUACACGACGCACUCCCACCAGAGGCUCUGGAGUCGUCGGGAGACACCUGUGCUAUCUGCAUUGACACGCUUGAGGACGACGACGAUGUUCGCGGUCUGACUUGUGGCCAUGCAUUCCAUGCUGGGUGUCUCGACCCGUGGCUGAUCAGCAGACGGGCGUGCUGCCCGCUCUGCAAGGCUGACUACUACACCCCGAAGCCUCGACCAGCCCCCGCAGAGGGCGGACCUCAUCCCGAGAUGGGACCAACCGUGUCAAUCAACCAAGAUCCGAGGACCAACAGGAUGAACAUGCCUUCAAGGCCAGGUGUUGCGUGGGCCCUACCCGGCCGCCGCGGUCGCGUCGGCUUCCCUUCGUGGAACAGAAGACGGGAUGCACCUCCCACACAGUCACCUACGGAGCCGCGUACCUCAAAUUCACGACGGCCCCAGCAGUCCGGCUUCAUGUCGCGGGCAGUGACAGGAGCACGGGGUCAGUCGCGGUCAUCUGGGCAGAACGCAUCAGAAACGACAGAAAAUCAAUCCGGCGGUUUCAUGUCCAACAUCCGGAUGCCCAGGUUCAACCUACCUGGUAGAUCGACACAGUCGAAUCCCAGCAAUACGGCUGCUGAGGUGACGCCCUCAGACCUGGAGGCCGGCACACGUACCGACGCUGCUAGAUGA